AUGUUUACGCCGCAGCGGUGGUCGGGUUGGUCUCUCACACCCAAAACUGGGGCUGAGAAGACCGGAACUGGGUCGGGCUCGAACAUGAAAUCCGGGGCUCCGAACUUCAACUCUGGGGAUGCUGUCGUUGCGAAGGCGAAAGGUCUCUCCUUGUUUGAACCCAGGACGCCGGCUUCGGGUUCAGUGCUCGAGAAUGGUGGGAAUAUGCAGGUGGAGUCUGGCGAGGGGGCCACCGACCGCGAAGAGUUGGCUCAGAGGGUUUCAGAGCUCGAAAAUGAGCUUUUUGAAUACCAAUACAAUAUGGGGCUGCUCUUGAUUGAGAAAAAGGAGUGGACUUCUAGGCAUGAAGAACUCAGGCAGUCAUUAACAGAAGCAAAAGAUGCUGUCAGAAGAGAACAAGCAGCUCAUUUGAUUGCAAUAUCUGAGAUCGAAAAGCGAGAGGAGAAUUUGAGGAAGGCCUUGGGGGUUGAGAAGCAGUGUGUGCAUGAUCUAGAGAAAGCUUUGCAUGAGAUUCGUUCAGAAAAUGCAGAAAUUAAGUUUACUGCUGAUUCAAAGUUGGCCGAGGCAAAUGCUUUGGUUGCUAGUAUAGAAGAGAAAUCAUUGGAGCUAGAGGCAAAGUCGCGUGCUGCCGAUGCCAAGCUAGCUGAGGUGAGCCGGAAAAGUUCAGAGUUUGAGAGGAAAUCAAAAGACUUGGAGGCUCGAGAAAGUGCACUUCGAAGAGAUCGGUUAUCCUUCAAUUCAGAACAGGAAGCACAUGAGAAUUCUUUGUCUAAGCGGAGGGAGGACUUGCUAGAAUGGGAAAGGAAACUGCAAGAGGGAGAAGAGAGGCUAGCAAAGGGUCAAAGAAUUCUCAACCAAAGAGAAGAGAGGGCAAAUGAGAACGAUAGGAUUUUUAAGCAGAAAGAGAAGGACCUGGAAGAUGCUCAGAAGAAGAUCGAUGCAACUAAUGAGACAUUGAAAAGGAAAGAAGAUGAUAUAAGCAGCAGGCUAGCAAAUCUGACUUUGAAAGAAAAGGAAUAUGAUACUAUGAGAAUAAACCUAGAGAUGAAGGAGAAGGAGUUACUUGCAUUGGAAGAAAAGCUCAAUGCUAGAGAAAGGGUUGAGCUCCAGAAGAUUAUUGAUGAACACAACGCCAUUUUGGAUGCAAAGAAAUGCGAAUUUGAGUUAGAAAUUGAUCAAAAGAGAAAAUCCUUGGAUGAUGAAUUGAGAAACAGGCUGGUUGAUGUGGAGAAGAAGGAAUCUGAAAUCAAUCACAUGGAGGAGAAAUUUGCAAAACGGGAGCAGGCAUUGGAAAAGAAAGGGGAAAAGGUCAGGGAAAAAGAGAAGGACUUUGAAUCAAAAAUGAAAUCCUUGAAGGAAAAGGAGAAGUCCAUUAAAUCUGAGGAGAAGGACUUGGAAAGCGAGAAGAAACAACUAAUUGCUGAUAAAGAGGAUUUGGUUAGGCAUUUGGCUGAAGUUGAGAAGAUUAGGGCUAAUAAUGAAGAACAGCUACAGAAGAUUAGUGAGGAGAAGGAUCGACUGAUAGUAAGUGAAGAGGAGAGGUCAGAGUAUCACCGGCUGCAGUCAGAGUUAAAACAGGAAAUUGACAAGUACAUGCAACAGAAAGAACUGCUUCUGAAGGAAGCUGAAGACUUGAAGCAGCAAAAGGAGCUUUUUGAGAGAGAGUGGGAAGAGCUGGAUGACAAAAGAGCUGAGAUUGAGAAAGAGCUGAAGAAUGUAAAUGAACAGAAGGAAGAAGUAGAAAAAUGGAAACACAUUGAAGAAGAAAGGUUGAAAAGUGAAAAGGUGGUGGCUCAGGACCACAUACAAAGGGAGCAAGAUGAUCUCAAAUUGGCCAAGGAAUCAUUUGAAGCCCAUAUGGAGCAUGAGAAGUCAGUAUUAGCUGAGAAAGCUCAAAGUGAGAGAAGCCAAAUGCUUCAUGAAUUGGAAACACGGAAAAGAGAACUUGAAACUGAUAUGCAGAAUCGGUUGGAGGAGAUGGAGAAACCCUUGCGUGAAAGAGAGAAGUCUUUUGCAGAAGAAAGAGAAAGAGAACUAGACAAUGUUAAUUACUUGAGAGAGGUAGCUAGAAGAGAAAUGGAAGAAAUUAAAGUUGAAAGACUUAAAAUGGAAAAAGAAAGACAAGAAGCUGAUGCAAAUAAGGAGCAUCUUGAAAGGCAACACAUUGAAAUAAGAAAAGACAUUGAUGAACUUCUUGACCUUAGCCAGAAACUGAGAGACCAACGGGAUCAAUUUAUUAAGGAGAGAGAAUCCUUUAUUUCGUUUAUUGAGAAAUUCAAGAGUUGCACAAACUGUGGUGAAAUGAUCUCUGAGUUUGUGCUUUCUAAUCUACGACCUUUAGCUGAAAUUGAAAAUGCAGAGGUUAUUCCCCCACCAAGACUGGGUGAUGACUAUUUGAAGGGAGGUUUUAAUGAAAAUCUGGCUCAGAGGCAAAAUAAUGAGAUAUCUCUUGGUAUUGAUUUGAGAUCUCCAGUUUCUGGUGGUACCAUGUCUUGGCUCCGUAAAUGCACCUCAAAGAUAUUUAAUCUCUCACCAGGGAAAAAGAUUGAGUUUGGCUCUCCUCAAAAUUUGGCAAAUGAAGCACCAUUCUCUGGUGAGCAAAAUGUAGAGGCAUCCAAAAGAGGAUGUGGCAUUGAAAAUGAGGCUGAACUAUCUUUUGGAGUUGCAAGUGAUUCUUUUGAUGUCCAGAGGGUUCAAUCCGACAACAGAAUCAGAGAGGUUGAAGCUGUUCAAUAUCCUUCACCCGAUGAACAUAGCAACAUGAAUAGUGAGGCACCUGAUCUUCCAGAAGAUUCUCAGCCUUCUGAUUUGAAGGGUGGUUACCAAAAGCCAAGUAGGAGAGGAGGCAGGAGAGGCAGGCCUGCAGUUAAGAGAACUCGCUCUGUGAAAGCAGUUGUUAAAGAUGCUAAGGCUAUACUUGGGGAGGCUUUUGAAACAAAUGACAGUGAGUAUGCAAAUGGGACUGCCGAGGAUUCUGUUGAUAUGCAUACUGAAAGCCAUGGUGGUUCUAGUCUUGCUGAUAAAAGAUCAGCUAGAAAUGGACGGAAGCGUGGCCGUGCUCAGACAUCUCAAAUCGCUGUGAGUGGUGGGGAUGAUAGUGAAGGACGUUCUGACAGUGUCAUGGGUGCCCAGCGCAAGAAGAGGCGAGAAAAAGUUCUUCCAGCUGAGCAAGCUCCAGGGGAAAGUCGAUACAAUCUACGGCGACCCAAAACUGGAGUUACAGUUGCUGCUGCAAGUGCAUCGCGUGACCUUGUCAAAGAUAACGAGGAAGAGGUCGAUAAUGCUAGAGCUACUGAGCACUACUCUAAAGCUGCUCCUGCUACUUCAAUAGGAGUUGGUAGCAAGAAUGGUGGAAGCACACACUUCGUGCGGUGUGGGACUCUUGGAGAUACUCAAGAUGGUGAUGCAGAUGCAAUAAAAAAUCUGGAAGAGAAUACGGCAGUUAGUGAAGAGGUGAAUGGUUCAACAGAAGGGGGUCAAGAGUAUGUUGAUGGAGACGAGUACAGGAGUGAAUCCCAGAAUGGUACUCCCAUUGAAGAAGAUGACGACGGUGAAGAGUCUGAACAUCCUGGAGAAGCCUCAAUAGGAAAGAAGCUAUGGACCUUCUUCACAACAUAA